AUGCGAAAUAAUGAGAAUUCAUCUCCAUCAAAACAAUUUUCAUUAUCUUCUUUAAUACCUACUCAAUAUAUUGUUAUUGGUUCUGUUGUUCUAAUCGGAUUAUUAAACAUGUACAAAGGUUUCUUUCGAUUUUCAUUUGGAUUUAUAGCUGGCAUGGGUAUCGGUACUGUACUUGGCUUUGUUUUUGCUGAUAGUCCAAUGGGAAAAUAUAUAUUGAAAACACGCUCAAGAGACCAGCAAACUUAA